CUGUUCUGACAUUGUUCGCUUGUAAAACCCGCCCUUGCGGCACACAUCGUAUGCGAAACAAAUCACACCAGCGGAUGACGUUACAGACCAGAUUAGCUGCAGCCUGCAUUCUGGUACGAGGCAAGUUGAAGCUAGUCACCGCCGCCCUGCUAACGAAAGCUAGAGCUAGCAGGCCAAGCUUUAGAAUGUCCUCACCAGCACAAGUGGACGAUGACGAUGAGGAAGAAGUUGAAUUUGUAUCAGCAGGCCCMCUUAGACCAGUGUUGGACUGUAUUGAUCUGUUAAGUGACAGUGAAGAUGAGGGAUGUUCAUCUCUGCCUGUCAUGCUUGAAGACAACAUCACACGACACAAAGCGCGAGUCACGUCCACGCUCGACAGGUUGGCACAUAAAGUGGCCCUAGACAAAAAACAGAGAGCAAAUAAAUGUAAAGCAUUCAAGGAAAAACAAAUCUUACAAAAAGCUCAUGGACAGCAGGAGCUYGCGGUUAAUUCUACAAAUGGACUGACUCAAGAAGCAAAGCGCUGUGUGGACAUGUGGUUGAAGAUGCCAGAGAGCAAAGCAGCAGCGCAGCCGGUUCCCAUCCCACAGCUGGUUAAGAACCACCUCAUCGCUUUGUGCAAGGAUGUAGCGUUCACUGUCCGGUGCUCUUUGUGCUACAAAGUGCUCAUCUCACAUCAAGCAGCUCAAGCUCAUUUUAACGUGCGGUGCAGACAAGGCUGCGCCGUGGCCAAGGCCGACGAAACAAUCGUGGGGUUUAUGAAGCGGCUUCAAGUGCGAGGACAGUGCCGCCUCUGCUCCGAAGUGUUCCUCAGCCACGCCGACAUCGAGGCGCACAAAGAAUCGACGCAGCACGAGGUCGAGGUCACUCCAACAAUGGCUCGGGCGCUCCUGCAGUACUGUAGGUUUAAUGAAACUCAGACGAUAGAGGAGCAGGAGAAAAGAACGGGGCGUGGCCUCGAGACGCCUUUUCAAAGAAGAAACAAGAGGAGCGGCGUCGGCGGAUCUCCAGCCAAACGGCAGAAGCUGAGUCCUGGUCUGAGGGUCGGCAGCGGCGGGAACUCAGCGUUUUUUUGGUUUUGCGAGUGCGGCCUCCGGUUUCCAGAGGAGGCCGCGGCCACGAGGCACCUCCUGGCCGCGAACCAGAUCUUCCACCAGUGCGGCGUCUGCGGCAAACACAUGGGGGAGUCCUCCAUCGCCCGCCUGCACAUGAGCCGCAACCACGGGGGAGCGCACCUCUCCAACUUCCUGUUCUUGUGUCGCAAGUGCCACGUGGAGAUGCCCCGCUACGAGGACAUCCUGCUGCACGUGUCGGAGGUCCACGCCGGUCACACGUACAURGUCGAGAAAGAAGACCUCACCGCGGCUCUCGACGCGAAGCCUUCCACGAGCGGCGAGGUCGCUCCGGCGUCCAAAGCCCCUCCGAGCACCACGGCGACAUCMUCCUCAAAGGCGGGCUGCGCGUGGAUGUGCAGGAUCUGCGAGGACGUCUUCGACUCGGAAGCGGAGGCCCGCAGACACUGUGGCGACGCGAGCCGCCACAGCUUCCAGCGGUUUGUCUGCGGGCACUGUCCGCAGAGGUUCUUCAAAGAGUCCACCGUCAGGAGGCACUGCGCCAUCGAGCACGGCGGGGAGAUGAAGAGCUCCCACUUCUGCGGCCUCUGCGACAGCAUGCGCUUCGGAUCCGAAGGCGAGUUCCUGGAGCACUACAGGAGCCUUCACAGCGAGGACUACUGCUGCAUGAGCGACACCGAGGUCCUCCAGCCCGCCGCCGCAGUCGAAGACACGAUCCAGCCGACCUGCGCCUGCAUGGGCUCGGAGGGGAGCGGAGACGAGACGAAGGCGACGUUCACUCGCUGUAUGAGAGAUCUGUCUGCUGAGGGGAGGUGUCGGUACGUGUGCGCUCCCUGCGGCGUGUCGGCGCCGUCCUACGCGCAGAUGAAGACGCACGUCCACGCGACACACGCGGCCCUGAACCUUGACAAGACCUUUGAGGUGGAAUGCAACGAGUGCCGGGAGAGUUUCACGGGCGUGCCGAGUUUCCACAAACACUAUCACUCCCGGCACUGUGGACUGGAGCCCUGCGUGAGCUCCAGGAUCAGCAGCAAAGAACCAGCCGCUGUGAAAAUAAUCAAUGCUGUGGAGAUCAAAGCAGCUGAUGAGGAGAUGGAAGAUGAAACACUGGUGAAGUUUUUGAAUAACAAUCAGGCUAGCAGUGAGAAAGAAGCAUGUGGAGAUGACUCGGAUGAUGAGAUGAAACGUGCUUUCUCUUUGAGUGCAGAAGAGGCAAAAGAGUUAACAGAGCUGGAAGAAGCUCUUCAGCGAAGUCUUGUGGAGUUCUGAGCACUUCCUAGUAUUUUGGUGACGUUCUGUUCUACGCUCACGUUGGAAUGUUUGUACUGACUCGUUGUUUUUACAUAAUGUUAAAUAAAUGUUUCCUGGUAUUUUA